AUGGCGGGUGCAGGAGGGGUUAAUAUGGAGAAAUUUGAGGAGUAUUUCCAGAGGGCGGAUAUGGAUCGGGACGGAAAGAUCAGUGGAGCUGAAGCUGUGUCUUUCUUGCAGGGAUCCAAUUUGUCGAGACAAGUUCUUGCUCAGAUAUGGGCGCAUGCUGACCAGAAUCACACUGGAUUCCUCAGUCGCCCUGAGUUUUAUAAUGCUCUUAGGCUUGUUACAGUCGCUCAAAGCAAGCGAGAAUUGACACCAGAUAUUGUCAAAGCAGCACUAUACGGCCCUGCUUCUGCGAAAAUACCGCCUCCACAAAUAAACAUGGCCACCACACUUGUGCCACAGCCAAAUCCAGUGGGUGCUUCUCCUUUACCACAGAUGGGUGCGACAAAACAAUCAUUUCCUCAAAAUUCUGCGUUAAGAGGGCCAGCUUUUCCAACUCCUAGUGCAAACCCGCAGUUUGGGGCCUUGCAACCAAAUACCGGCAUGACCCAACAGUUGAGACCCAUGCCUUACUCCGCAGGCGCGAAUCAGCUGCGUGGACCCCCACCUUCAAGCUCGGGCGUCAAUCAGCAGCACCCACAAUUACAACCUACAAUUACUAUCAACCAGCAUUCCCCACAAUUUCAGCCUGCAGGUACAAUGAACCAGCAGUUUGGUCAGGUCCAACCUACAAGUACAAGUGUGAACCGGCCAUUUGGACAGUCACAACCUCUGAACACAGGAACGAACCAGCAUCUUGGACAGGUACCUCCAAGUGCAAAUAUAAACCAGAAUUUUUUGCCCACUCAAGGUAACCAGAUAAGACCGCCCCUGUCAAUGUCUAUUACUGCUUCACAUCCACCUCAGGCGGCGAGCAGUCCAAAUGUUUCUGGGGUCAUGGCUACUCCUGGGCUUUCAAACUUAAAUAGAGAUUCGCCUGGUGGGAGUAGUGGCCCUGCUUCGUCUGGACCAUCAACACAAAACAACUUACUUAGAGGACUCAAUCCCUCGAUUUCAACUGUUGCUCCAAGUCCCCAAGAUCUAUUUUCAACAGUUUCUGCAACCACGGCUAAGGAUCUUAAAGGAUCGGUUACUUCAGGAAAUGGGUCUACUCCAGAUUUGUUUUCUGGCAACCAGUCCUCAUCAUGGAAAGUUUCUUCUGCUCCACAACAACCUGGGAUUAAUCUGCCUACCUCUACAGCCGUUGUUCCUGUCACUUCAAGUUCCCAGCUGCCUGCUAAGCCUGAUCCAUUUGAAGCUUUGAGAAGUACUCUUAUAAAACCAUCUACUGCAACCCAAACUGCACAGACACAGUCUCUCCCGAAAUCUAAUCAGCAGGCUCCAACUCAAGUAACUUCCUCAGUCUUGUCUCCUGGGGGCCAAGCUGGGUUAGGGAAUUCCACCCCUGAGCAGCCUCAAGCUCCAUGGCCAAAAAUGACACGUGCUGGCAUUCAAAAAUAUGCAAAAGUUUUUAUGGAAGUAGACACUGAUCGAGAUGGGAAAAUCACUGGUGAUCAAGCCCGCAACCUAUUUUUAAGUUGGAGGCUUCCAAGAGAGGUCUUAAAGCAGGUUUGGGAUUUAUCUGAUCAAGAUAGUGAUAGCAUGCUUUCUCUGAGGGAGUUUUGCGUUGCUCUCUAUUUAAUGGAGCAGUACAGAGAAGGACGCCAACUUCCAUCUGCCCUUCCCAAUAGCGUCAUGCUCGAUGAAACUUUAUUGUCCUUGGCAGGACCACCUACAGCUUAUGGAAGUGCAGGGUGGGCCUCGGCCACUGGUAUAAGACCGCAACAAGGCUUCCAUGGUUCCCAACCCGUAACGCCAGCUGGUUUAAGGCCUCCAAUGCAGCCUAUAAAUUCUCAAUAUGAUGGAUCCAUUCAAUUGAAUCAGAAAAGCUCUGGGGGUCCUACAGUAGAUAAUUCCCAUGGUAAUCAAAUCAGUAAUGGGAAUGCAAAAUCUUUGGAUGCUCAGGAGCUGGGGGAUGCUGAAACAAACGAAUUGGUUGACAACAAGGAGAAGUUGAUUUUGGAUUCCAGAGAAAAGCUUGAAUUUUAUCGAACAAAAAUGCAGGACCUUGUCUUGUAUAAAAGUAGAUGUGAUAAUCGACUCAAUGAAAUUACUGAAAGGGCUAGAGCUGACAAAAAUGAGGCCGAGUUACUGGAAAAGAAAUACCAGGAGAAAUAUAAGCAAGUUGCUGAAAUUCAUUCUAAGUUAACUAUUGAAGAAGCUGCCUUUCGUGAAAUCCAGGCUAGGAAGUCGGAGUUGCAACAAGCCAUUAUUAAAAUGGAACAAGGUGGAAGUGCUGAUGGUAUUCUUCAGGUUCGUGCUGAUCGUAUACAAUCAGAUCUAGAGGAACUAAUGAAGGCAUUGGCUGAUCGUGGCAAAAAACAUUCUGUAGAGGUCAAGUCAUCAGCAUUAAUUGAGCUUCCCCAAGGUUGGCAACCUGGAGUUCCAGAGGUAGCCGCAAUAUGGGAUGAAGACUGGGACAAGUUUGAGGAUGAAGGGUUUUCUUUUGAUGUUACUGUCCCUGAAAAUGCGAAGUCACCAUCGAAGCAGGAAGAAAAUUCAUCUCCAAGUCACAGCCUUUCCCCGGGCUCGGUGUCAAAUACUGCAACUACAUCAGAAAAACCCUUUUCAAGUGCCUUUGAUGCAGAAUCUUUGUAUAGCGCGGAGGAAUCUAAGAGCCCACAUGGAAGUCCUGGGAGGCUAACAACAAAGGAAAGCCCAUCUCAAGAAUACUCGGAGAAUCAUUUCAGGAAGAGCUCUGGUGAUGAUGCUGAAAAUCAUAGAAGCUUUGAUGAGCCUAGUUGGGGCAAUUUUGACAACAAUGAUGAUAUCGACUCAGUCUGGGGUUUCAAUACUAAGGACCCUAAUUCUGGGAAGCACGAUGAGAAAUACUUCUUUGGGUCUAAUGACUUUGGAGCCAGCCCAGAUAGAAAUAGCUCACCUCGCUCAGACGGUGGAUUCCAGAAAAGCAACCUGUUUAGCUUUGAAGAUUCUGUUGCUGGGAGCCCUCGUUCACUGGCUGACAAUUCUCCAAGAUACAGUGUUCAGUCAAGAGAUCCAUUUUUCGACAGCUUUUCUAGAUAUGAUUCGUUUAGCACGCAGGAUCGUGUUUCUUCCCCUCGUCAGGAAAACUUUAGUAGGUUUGACUCCAUGAGCAGCACACAGGGCUUUGACCACAGGAGCAACUAUUCUUUUGAUGACAAUGACCCGUUUGGUUCCAGUGGCCCUUUUAAGGUCUCAUCUGAAACAUCACCGAGGGAAAAGUUUUGA